AUGAAGGCCACUCCGUUGAUUGUGAACUGGCACCAUGACAACAAUAACCCUUACCCCAUCUACUCGGCCCACUUCGAGCCCAAUGGCAAAGGGCGCUUGGCCACGGGUGCAGGAGACAACAAUGUUCGAUUAUGGAAGAUCGAAGAGGAUGGCGAGGACCGACGGGUCGAAUACUUAGCGACGCUCUCGAAGCACACACAAGCAGUAAAUGUCGUCCGCUGGGCCCCAAAGGGCGAACUCCUGGCAUCUGCCGGUGAUGAUGGCAACGUUAUAUUAUGGGUUCCCUCGGACGCGCCACCCCAUCAAGCUUUUGGCUCCGAUGGCCUUGACGACAAGGAAACAUGGCGGAUAAAGCAUAUGUGUCGGUCUCUGGGGACUGAGAUAUACGAUCUCGCUUGGUCACCGGAUGCUUCGUUUUUCAUCAUUGGAAGCAUGGAUAAUGUUGCACGGAUCUACAACUCUGGCACAGGUACUCUCGUGCGCCAGAUUGCCGAGCACAGCCACUACGUUCAGGGUGUAGCUUGGGACCCAUUGAACGAGUAUAUCGCAACUCAGUCAUCAGAUCGGUCCGUCCACAUCUACUCGCUCAAGACUAAGGAUGGCCAAUACACGCUCCACAGUCACGACGACAAACCUCCAAAAAUUGCGAGCCAUGCCAAAGCGGACCUUCCGCCGCGGCGGAUAUCCUCCAGCAGCCCAGCGCCGCCCGAACUCAGCUACCGGUCUGUUCUUGCGGCCGUAGAUGCUGUUCCAGGCGUCGCUAUGGGCUCGCCGGUUCCAUCAGCGCCCGGAACCCCAACGUCCAUAGCGCUUCCUAUGAAUCCGCCCAGCGUGAUCAGCCACAGCCGGAGGUCAUCCUUCUCUUCAAGGCGUUCAGUUUCGCCUGCGCCGUCAAUGCCGCUGCCGGCCGUUAUGCCGAUUGAAGCGUCUCCGAAGCCGCACCUGAAUAAUACGAGCUUGGGCAUGAAGAGUGCAAGUCUCUAUGCGAACGAGACGCUAACGUCUUUCUUCCGGAGACUCACGUUCACCCCCGACGGUAGCCUCCUCCUCACACCUGCUGGGCAGUACCAGACUCAACACCAGGUGGAAGGUGGAAAGCCCACGUAUGAGGUUAUCAAUACUGUCUACAUUUACACGCGGGGUGGCAUCAACAAGCCUCCCGUCGCUCACCUGCCUGGCCACAAGAAGCCGUCGGUCGCAGUGAGAUGCUCUCCCGUUGUGUACACGCUGAGGCAAUCUCCGCCUGUCACCAAGCACAUUACUAUCGAUACAUCGUCUGCUGAGGAGCCGAUUCCAUCACUCCCCGAGCCUCUGUCCAAGCCGUCGCCAGCUCCGUCGGUUAUGGAGCCUCCACCGCCUCCGGCCCCGGUAGAUACAUCUUCCUCAACCUCGAAGUCCUUGAGUUUAGAAACCAGUGUGCAAACUCCAGGACCCAAGGCCGUCUUCACACUGCCGUACCGGAUGAUUUACGCCGUGGCAACCCAAGACUCGGUCUUCUUGUAUGACACGCAGCAAUACACUCCCAUCUGUAUCGUGAGCAACCUGCACUGCGCCACUUUUACAGAUCUGGCCUGGUCUGCUGACGGCCUGACGCUGUUGAUCUCAUCCUCAGACGGAUUUUGCUCGACGCUUUCAUUCUCACCCGGAGAACUAGGCACCGUCUACACGGGUGAACUUGGGCCCCCAAAACAGUCGGGAAUAGGCAUAUCUUCUAGCCAAAACACACCUGCUCCAACGCCAACCUCGGUCUUUGCCCCGCCAUCCCCGUUUCCAAACGGCUCUCACCACAGGCAUCGGGACUCUACCAGUUCAUUCACCGCUCCUUCUCCGCCAACGAUGACGGCGCCAUUUGUCGGCCUACGGUCGGGGUCACCUGCACGGUCUAACUCGACCUCUUCAAUUGUCACGCAGCCUGGCGCUGUGCAGGGGGGCGUGCUGACAAAUCCGCCGUUGAUAGCGGGCCAAGUACCCAGCAUUGCCGCGACUCAUUCGAGCAAGGUUGUGGGCGUUCCGAUUACAACACCUCCAGAGACGCCCCAACCCUCAUUUACAGCACCCACGGGUACCAAGAGAGAGACGAGCGACAGCGAGACGACCGAAUCCGGCAGCCAGGCCAAGCGGAGACGGAUAGCGCCCACCCCGGUCACCGAGGGUUCGCAGCAGUCUGGCGCCGGCAGCGAGGAGACCAAGAGUUAG